AUGUCCAACAAAGCAAGCAAGCUGUUCCGAAAAUUGUCCAACCAAUGUGAUCUUUCAAAGGACUCAUGGGUUAUCGCACCAUGGCACAUAUCAGAUGAGAAACCCACCGUGGACUCCAGUGCGGACCCAAUUCUCAUCUGCAGCUAUAGUUGGAUGCUUCAUUCUUUAAACGAGCCAGGAAUACAUGUGCCUGGUGCGCCCCGGAAGUGGAACCCGCCAGACGUUCCCUUUCAAGUGUACAAGUCCACAAAAUCAUCUUUUAUUGAUGAAAAUGGUCACAGGGCGCGACAGUUCCCCUUCGAACCACUUAUGCAGGCAACCUCCCUCAUGAAUCCAGAUUUCAAGUUCGACGAUGUCGACAUUGUCUGCGACCGAAAUACCCUCCGCCGCCUACUACCCUGGGGCAAGUGUCAAACAACCGACCCCUUCGCGGUAGAUCUUGUCGUCAUAGGCAAGACAAUGUUCAUGUGCCGCAAGGAGCAUAUGACAAUUGGCAGCGGUAACGGGUUCGGUAAUGAGUUUGAAAAUCGAGCAACCACCAGCCUACUAGGACUCCAAAGGGCGUCGUCUCACCAUCGCGUCCACAUGUACAAGUUCGGAAACCUGAACAUUAUGGUACGCCAUGAGGUCGACGCCUUCCACGAAGAUGAAGCCGCAUAUAACAACACGGAUUCCCAGAUGAUAUCAGCAUAUCAGCCUCCGAAGGGUCUCACCACCUUCCAAAUCAAUCGCGAAUCGACCCACGCCCAUAAGACAAUCUUACAUCCCGGGGGCAGGGUCAUCGACUGGAAGCAGAUUGGGGAAAUCAAGUCAACUGGGAUCGGGAAGUCGGCUUCACCAGGACAAUACAUGGAACAGCUGUGGUUCUCGAGGACUCCGUUGUUGUUUGUAGGAAGACAUCAGAAUGGGAACUUCGAAGAUCUGAAGGCUACGAAGGUUGAUGGGAUGUGGAAGGACUGGGAGCAGAGGCACCAACCGGAGCUUGCAAGCCUCGCGGCAUUACUCCAAGUUACCAGGGAUCAGGUGGUGACAAAGAUGGGUGGUCGGGCUAUCAUGGCCAACUUAAGUGCUUGCGGACAAAUUCAGCUGUAUGAGCCCAAGAGGAUACAGCUGGCCAUCCCGAUGGAAAUGGUCAACCGCUUUUGGACCGAAAGGAUCCUGAAGGCUCCAGUUGCAAAUCUCAUCAGCCAGCAGAUUCAAUACAACGCUGCCAUCACAGGAUACCACGGAGUUCCAGGGAAUCACCAGCUGCCGAUGGGUUAUCACCUUAUACAAGGGCCGGCAACCAGCAAGGAAGUUGAGAUGGCUAUUCAACAGAUCCGGUGGAGGGUUCAGAUGUCAAUCGAGCAGUCUCAGCUUGCACAACAGCAACCCACCGACCCUCCGGCACCUGGCUUGCUGAGACCUCUAGGACUUCCACCGGUACAGGCUGAAGAACAAGGAACGCCAACUCUUGAAGAGGACGAUAACAUGGACCUUUACGAGGAUCCAAGGCCUUCUUCAUUCUGA